UUCGACGCGCCGGGGUGCGGGUGUGUUGGUCGGGUAGUGUGUGUGCCCCCGUUCAGUGCCUGCCGGGAGGUUGUUCAUGUCUCUGCUUUUACAUCUGGUGGGUGUGGCUGUGUUUGGAGCAUGCACCUACUAUGAUAUAUACUAUGUGCUGGAAAAUGCUGGUCCCCACCAAGACAAUCCAUUGGUUAAAGAACUCUUCAAUUCAAGACCACAAUGGGGUGGCAGGUGGAAGUUUCUCACAGUGUGGGGACUGACCGUGCAGCUGAUCUACUACGUGAUCGCGGCGGUGAACGACCUGCUCGGCAGCAGCACGUUCGUGCGGCGUGACGGCACGCGGCUGCAGCGGCUGCGCGACCUCUUCUUCACGGCGCUGGCGCUGCCCGUGGCCUUGGUGGUGUGCCUGAUGUUCUGGGGCCUGUACGCCAUCCACCGCGACCUGGUGUUCCCCGAGGUGAUGGACCUGUUCUACCCGUGGUGGCUGAACCACGGCGUGCACACCAUGCCACUGCUAUUGGGCCUGCUGGAGGUGCUGACGGUGCGCCACCACUAUGCCAGCAACUGGGUCUCGGUGGCGCUGCUGGCCACCUUCCUCGUCACCUACCUGGCCUGGACCAUGUACCUGGCGCUGGUAGCCGAGAUCUGGGUGUACGGCGUGCUCAGGGUGCUCAGCUGGCCGUUGCGCUUCCUCUUCAUGGCCGGCAACCUGCUGGUGGCGCUCGGUCUCUUCGCGCUCGGCAAGCGGAUGGAUGCGGUUGUCUGGGGCAAGGAGAAGGCUGCUGCCGCGGCGAAGGAAGGCGGUGGGAAGAAGCGUCGCUAAGGGGUCCCCCCGCCGAUGAUGUGUACGCCGUCACGGCCGUAGUGCUGAUGGGGCCCUCCAAGCCCCGCGUUAAAUCACACUCCUACCGUAAAUGAGCUUCCCAGGCCGGUCCAUCCCAGAUAGUCCGGCGCAUUUCCAACCGAUGCCUUGUCUCUCCAGAAGCCGCCAGUUUCUGGAGGCAUUCCGCCUUCAAAUCGUUCAGAUAUCUCAGUUUUAAGUGUGACCGAUAGUUCUGACGCAUAACGAUUUUUACGCCCGUGCGCUUCCAGCCACAUUUUACAUAUUAACUCGUCAUUCAUAGCCAUCGCGCUCUUCAGCUCGUCCACUUCCACUGCGAGGUUGCGAAUCCUCGGAUUUUGCUGAUCUUGCUGCAAAGUACCCGUUCAUUUCAACGAUGCAGGGAUUUUACAUGGUAUGGAUUAUGUCCGUGUGCGGGACGUUGGUUGCUUGUAUCUAACACAGGUGUUGUAUCCUGGUGGUUAGGGGACGUGGCUUCCUUUUCAGUUGGGGGCUGAACCCCCUCCCCCAACGUGGGCUCUAGCCCCCCUCCCAGCUUUGGAAAGAAAAUGGGCUAAAUCCGGGGAGAAACCUGUUUGUUGGCAUAUUUUGGGGAUGGGUUGGAUCAUUUUUCAUUGUUCGGCCCCUCCCUCCUAAUAUGUUGUGAAACUAUGUCCCUGGUGCUGGUUGUUACAGAGAUUAUUAUUUUUCUGAUAUGGCCUACAUAUCUGCAGUGUAUGUUAUUACCACGGCGCAGGAGGCUCACUUUGUUGUAUGAAUUAUGGGUUGCUAUGAGACGUUGGUCGAUUGUAACGCAGGUCUUGUCUCCUGCUGGUUGUUACCCAGUUUACGAUUUUACUGAUAGGUUAUCUAGCUGCAACGUACACGGUCAUUACACCGAUGCAGGGGUUUUACAUUGCGUUAAGUAUGCCUUACCACGGACGUUGGUCGCUUGUCUCUAAUGCAGGGUUUGUCGUUGCCGACUUGUUGCCGAGGAUACGAUUCUACUGAUUUGACUUGUCUAGCUGGAAAGGGCACGUCAGUACCAGGCGUAUAUCCGUAGUAAUCGCGGCGGUGUAGGGGUCUUGCAUUAUGUGGAUUGGGUACCGCUGCUGAAGUCUGGCGCGCGGGCGUUGACCCCUGCUAUCGUCACCAAUGCAGAUAUUGCCUUUGUGGAGGCGCGGUGUACCGUCCUAGCGUCGCCAGAGGGCGUAGCAUCGCCCCAGGCUGUUCUCGUUUGAUGUGCAGUUCCGUGGCGCCGCCAGUGUCUAUCCGCCCGUUGCCCAUGCUCUUACAAACUGCCAUAAUGAGCCGUUACGUUUUCCUGAUGCAUACCCAUGCUGUUGAGCUGUCUCAGGUGUGCGACGCCGUUACGCAAACAGUCGUGUUGACGCCGGUGCGGCCGGCGCAGGGAGGGCGCCUGUCGAUCGCGCCGUGUUUGUGCUCCGCGCGCAACACCGUCGUCGCCCGAGUCGCGAGCAGAUGACUCCAGGUCGGCUCAGGGUCACGGUCCCGGGCAGGAGGCCGCUGUCGUGUUACCCGCGCUUCGCUCCGGCGCACGCGGCGUCAAGUUCCAGAGCACCCCAGCGGAAACGGCUCGGCGAUGGACCUCCACCUCUCCUGGGCUGUUUAUUGUGCCUAGAGGUCACCUCCGGAUCCGUCCAACUAGCAUAUCUAGGUAGCGUCCGUCCAACCAACAGGUCUGUACUUCACACAAGCUGGUCUGCGCGAAACAGUUGGACUGGACGUGAUUGUCUCUCGCUUUGGUUGUCAUGGACAGGGUAGUUUGGACUGGGGUUGUGAUUGUCAUUGGAUUACAACCACGCGCAGACGCCUUUGAAUUUAGCGUUGUGUCAGCAGGCAUAGUGGGUUUGUUGUAGUAUUUUCCCCAGUAUAACGUGUUGAUUGUUGAAGUACUGUUGCAGAGUUUAGGUGCAGUGUUCUUGUCUGCUUUUAUUUAAUGUUUUAGAUAUUUUAGAUUAACUUGCACGUUGUUUCCUGGAGGUUUCCAUGCAUUUAGCGGAGGUUAACUCGCAAGAUCUGAUGGUCACGCAGACUCAACUAGCUCAUUUGGAACAGUGCGUAUCGACCGGGCCUUGGUGAAUUGGUGACUGGGACAAUAAAUGAGUGAAUAGGGGA